AUGGCCGCCACCGACGGCCAGAUCAUAUUGGCCGCCUCCCGCUUUGGCGAUGCCACGCCCGUCUACCUGCGCGACUUCUCCAAGCAGCCGCUGCCGGCGGUGGCCAAGAUCCUCAAGGGCCAACACCAGGCCCUGGGUGUGCCCACCCUGUCGGCCCCCUCGCUGCAGAGCACCGCCCUCUUCCUGAGCGCCGGCAAGAAGUACCAGAUCCUGGCCCAGCCCAUCAAGAUCAAGGAGGGUCGCAAGCCCACCAACGUGGGCGCCAAGGUGCUCAUCCCGGAGACCUACGGCGGCUACUUCGAGCUCCUCAGCGAGGAUGGCCGCUCCACGCGCUGCAUCGACUCCGUGCUGGAGCUGUCGCGGCGACGCAAUGCCCGGGUCCUGGUGCGCGAGACCUUCCGCUGCCAGCAGAUGAACCGCACCAUCCACGCCGGCGAGCUGCUGACCACCAUGAACGACAACGGGAAGUACCUGCAGUGCCGCAACAUCAAGGACGAGAUCAUCAAUCUGCCACUCGAUACCAAAGCCAAGUUCUCGCCGAUCGCCAGGGAGGACAGCAUCAGCGGUGUGCACACCGUCAAGAAUCUGCUGCUCAAGCGGAUGCCAGUCAUUGUGAGACUCGUCCACGGCAGUGCGCCCAAGGGCCUGAAGCAGCCCUUUGUGCCCGAGCUGCGACUUCUCGGCUGCGUGGAGAUCGACAGGAUCUUCGCCCUGCCGCUGCAGAAGGACACGGAUUUGGUGCCGGUGCCGCUGAACGCCAAGAUCAAGCUGCAGCGGGCCAAGAACAUGGAGCAGCUGGAGCACUUCAUCGAGUACUCGCGAUUCCUGGACAAGGCGCAGCGUCUGCUGGCCGAUGCACGCGAUCGCCUGCAGAUCGUCGAUCUCAAGCUGAGCGAGAAGGAGAAGAAGGACUCCAAGUUCAACAGCCGCAACGGGGGCAGGCUGCCGGUGGUGAUGCUGCCGUCGGCGGCUGGGAUGGCCAGCGGACUGGCGGAAAGCGGGUAUGUGUUGCGCAAGAGUGCCAGCUGUGACUCGUGGUCCAAGCAGCAGCAGAUGGCCCUCAGCAGCAGCGAGAUCGCCGAGGAGUACAACGAGAUCGAUCAUAUAUACGACUAUGUGAGGGGCCUGACGCCGCUGUCGAAGGGCUUGGCCCGCUUCGAGCCCAUCUGCGAGUCGCCCACGCUGCGGUCGCACCACACGGACAGCGGCAGCGGCAACUACUGCAGUCUCAUUCGGGCUCCCGCUCACCAGCAGGCCUCCACCUCCGGCAACAACAACUACAGCAGCCUGGAGUCCAACAAGCACAGUAGCAGUGGUGGGGGCGGGGGCGGGGGCGGGAUCGGGGGUCACCAUCCCAGUCACCAUCAUCAUCAUCAACACCACCUGGUGAACCACUAUCACCACGGCCAUAUUCAGGAGGACAUCAAGCCGGUGCCGCCGCCCAUCGAAACGAUUCCGGGCAAGAAGCCGGCGGAGAAGCGCCAGCGUCCCACUCUACCAAAGCUUUACAUCAAGAACGCCCACAGUGCUGGGAGCAGCAGCAACGGCAACUCCACGGGCACCACCCACAGCACCAGUCACAGUCACAGUCACAGCCACAGCCAUAGUCACAGCCACGCCCACAGUAACAGUCACGGUCAUGCGCAGGCGCAGCAGCAGCAGCCGCCGACUCCCAAUGGGAACACGGCCAAUGCGGUGGCCAAUGCGGCGGCUGCAGCGGUGGCCGCUGCCCAUCACGGUUCCCACGGUUCGCACGGUUCGCACGGCUCACAUCCGCAUCCGCACACGCAUCCGCAUUCCCAUCCGCACGCCAGUGUGCACGCACAUCCGCAUCCCCAUCACGGCAAGGUGCUGACGCCCAACAACCAUCUGCCGAGCAAGGAGGCCCUGGAGCCACAGUCGCCGCUAUUUCACAUCAGGUACAAGAGUCUCAGCAGCCUGCAGCUGACGCCGGACAACAACAACUGCUCCUCCGUGACGCCGCCGACGAUCUCAGCCCACGGCAAGUCAUCAGUAGCUGGAGGUGGACCGGGUGGACCAGGAGCAACUGCGUCGGGAGCUCCGGCCACGCCGGGCACUCCGCCGGAUGUGGUGCUCAAGUGCGGCAGCAUCCUCAACGUGCACGGCUACCUGUCCAGCCCGCAUCCCCUGCCAUUGCCACUGCCCCACAGCCGGAGCUCCAGCAGCAACAACCACCACAAUCCGCGAGAGGGUACGCUGGACUCGUCCCGCAGCGGAGGCCGGACUUCGGGCGACUCGAACAAGCUGCCCGAGAAGAAGACACGCCGCCUGUCCCGGCCCAGAAGUCUGUCCAAUCUGGUCUGGGAUCUGCGUCCGUCCAAGGAGAAGUCAAAGAAAAAGCUCUACAUCCAUCACUUCGAUCAGCGGCAGCAGGCGACGCUGUAUCUGUAGGAUUGUGGCAUGGAUGUAUCUCCAGGAUGACGACGAGGAAGUAGCAGCACGAUGAUGAUGAUUAUGAUGAUGAUGAUGAUGAUGAUAAUGAUGAUGAUGAUGAUGAUUCGUUGCCAACUCGUUUCUAGCUGCCAUCGACCCCCACAAAACAGAAACAGAAACAGAAACAGAAAAGUAAAAUAAAACACAAUAAAAGAAGAGCAACUACAACUUUUGGCACGCUGUGUGUGUUCCUGCAGCUUUCACCAUUUAGCCUGCAGCAGCAAUUUUAAUUAACAUUGAAUUGUGCCUUUCCCUGCUACGCCCAGAAUUAUGCUUUAAAACCAGAUUCCAAUGAAGUAUUUGACGAGAAUAUUUCGACCGGAUGGAACCCCCGAAAACGAAAGGCUGCCAGCACACACAGAAACACACUACAAUCCCCCACAUACGCAAUGCAACACACACGUACACCACACAUCAAGUCUAUAAAAUUGUGAUUUUAAUUUUAUGUUUAAUUUAAUAAUUAUUGCGAAACAUUUUCAAAUUAAACGAAAGCCAUUUACGCUAUUCAGAAAAAAUUCACAAAACAAACUCUAAAAUCGACAAAAAUUAGUUGUCUACAAACGAGAUACUUAUAUAUAUUUAAAGCGUACUGUUUUUAACAGGAUAGCGAAAAGGCAAAUGUAACUAAUAGUAAGUCAAUAUUAUCAAGCAACCAUAUAUCAAUCAUUUAGAGAAUGUUAUGCAACACUUACAGCUAGCUAAAAUGAAUUUAUAAAUUAAUGCAAUGAAUUUCCUCCUCAUAAUUUAAAUGUUGUGCAAACUGUUGAUUGAAUGCAAUUAAACCAUAAUCGAACAACUCUUGUUUAGUAAUUAGUUUGCUCGGAGCCAGAUACUUCCCACAACGCCCCUCGAAACCCCUAAAUACCCACUUCCCCAUAAUCUGCUCGCAAUCGCAAUUGCAAUCGCAUUGUCUUAGUCGUUUAGUCUGUACAUUUUAGUUGUAUUAUCCAGCUUAUAUGGCCUAUAAAUAGGGAGUAUAUAUACACACAUAUAUGUAAAACUAUAAUAUAACUUGUAUUUGUGUCUAAAUAAAUGUCUCAGAAAAAUAAAUGUAUAUGCAAAACAA